AUGGGGCAAGUUCAGAGCCAACAAACAGUGGAGGAGAAGAGGGACACAGAGGACACCACCCAGCCCCGACCACCAUCAUCCGAUACGACCAAUCAGGAUUCUUCUCUUGACUCCCUCAUUGAAGAAGCUGCGGCAUUUGGUGAAGAGGAUGAGGAUUUGUCUCUGGAGGAAAAAGCAAAGAGAGCACUGGAAUGCCCUUGCAUUGCUCAUUUGAGAAGUGGCCCUUGCGGUUCUCAGUUCUCUGAUGCUUUCCUUUGUUUCCUCAAGAGCACUGCUCCAGAGAAGGGCUCCGACUGUGUGCAGCCUUUUGUGGCAUUGCAGAAUUGCAUAAAAGCAAACCCAAGCGCUUUCUCAAAGGACAUUUUAGCUGACAGCGAAACCAAGAGAGAUGAUGAAGAUAUCAACAAAGAGGAUGUGGAAAUCGAGAGAGAGGAAAAACCAGCUAAACAAUACAAAAUCCGGCCUCCCCUUUGGUCUGUGGAAUCCAAGGGGAAACAAAAACCCAAGUUAUAG